CAACAAUUGACUUACCAUGGAAGAACGCAGGAAGCUAUAUGAAAAGUAUCCAUCAAUGCGGAAGCUGGAAGAGCUUGGGGACGCAUACGUCGAGUGGAAUGAUGGUCGUGAAGCUGUUCUCCUACGCUGGCUUUACGACCAUCCAAACUUCCCAAGUAUGCGUAACAAUCAAUCCCUUGGUCAUCUGCGAAGCCAUGGAUGAAUUCGCCGCUCAGCGAGACUUCCUGAUCAACAUUGGCCCUGACAAAGCAGGAAAGAUCGCCGCUCUUAUUGCCGAGACCAAACCCAGAAUCUUUGUUGAGCUGGGCGGUUAUGUUGGUUACUCGGCGCUAUUCUUGGGAAACGCGUUGAGGAAUGCACAAAAGGACAGCCAUGACGCUACGAACAACAUCGUCUACUGGAGCCUGGAAGCCGAUCCGGUUUUCGCAGAUAUUAUAAUGAACAUUGUCGAUCUAGCAGGACUAUCAGAUGUCGUAAAGGUGAUUACGGGAAAGGCUGCUGAUUCCCUUACUCGACUGAAGGAAGAAGGAAAGCUCGAAACUGUGGAUAUGUUGUUUCUGGAUCACGUUGAAGACUUGUAUGUCACGGAUCUACAGGUCGCCGAAUCACUAGGAUUGCUCAAGAUGGGGAGCCAUAUUGUGGCAGAUAAUGUCCUUCGUCCUGGGGCACCUGAGUACAAACAGUAUGUCAAGGGACAUAAGUCCAUGGAGACUCGAGCGAUUAUGGGUCUGAUUAUCCCUGGAGAGUUCGAGGAUGAGAUUGAGGUGACAGAGUACAAGGGUUAG